AUGAUCAAAACGUAUGAAUGGGAAUGUGAAGACGGCGAUGUCGAAUUUCUGUCGUUGCAGAAGGUAGACAACCAAGCUAUUCCUGGACUGGACAGAGAUCGGGAGGCUAUCUCAGAGAAUGCAACUCGUAGCAUAUUUGGCUGGUUGCGCGUAGAGGGCUUUGUGCAAGGCGAGCAGGACAUAUGGAAACAUGAGUGGUUCGAAAUGUCUAACUCUGACGGUGAUGAUUUCGAGGAGGAUAAAACAAUAUCUGACGCCUCGGCGCGACUCCCGUGGCGAGUAGGAUUUUGGGUUUUGGGUCUCUCGCAUUAG